CUCCAGAGUUGCGCAUCGCCCUCAUUUGGUUUUAACUUCGACACCUGCAUCUCCCGCAUCUCCCUCAUCUCCUUCUUGAAUCAGCUCCUGUCUCCCUUUUCUUUGCUCUUGUCCCUCUCACUCUCAAUCUCACUCUUGUGUCUGAAAAUUUUCGCUGCCAUCUUCACCUUCACUGCUGCCCAUCAGCAUCCGCAUCAGCUGCAUUUUAUUCACCUCAUUAAUAUUCCCCUCUAUCUCUUCGGCGCCUUGCUAUUCACUUAGCAGGGAGGGACCCUUUCGUCGAGCCUCCACACUCGUUGGCUUUCACUGUCACUGUUGACCAAGAUCGACAUACCUACCUACACCUGCAUCCAUUAGCAAGGAGCUCCUGUCAGCUCACUCCUCAGUCGUUUCGCAUCCUCUCUUCAUCACCGCAACACCGCUGCAAGAUGGGUCUGCCGCAGGACUUUUCCACUCCGGUGCCCUCCAUUGAGUCGGACUCACCUCUCUCCAAGCGUCGUCGCUUCACCCCCCACUCCCUGCCACCCAUCAUCCCCAUCGCGGACAACUCGGACAUCGAACAGCAUACCUUUGACUCUCCAUUGCUUCUGCAGCUCUGCGAACAAGCCCCUGACCAGGCGGAAAUCGAGGCAGGUCUUCUCCAGGUCGGUAUGCGCGUGAGGAAGGCCGUUGCUGAAGGAUACAAGACCCAAAAGAAAUUCACGCCUCGGCCCUUCUUCAACAUGCACCGGCUUUCUCCCGAGACCCAAGCUGCCCUGUCCUCUGGCAACGCUGAUACCACCAACGAGCUCUCCCCGUAUUCUGCGGCCCAGGUCCAACCCCUCACCACGGCCACCUUUUGCGGCAUCAGCCUUGCUUACCUCUCCCACUGCAGCGAGGAUUGGUCGAGCCCCUCGAUUGCCGAACAGUCUCUCUGGUCUUACUCCACCAGCCACAAGCGUUCCUACGAGGCCGACUCCGACAGCGACGACAGCCAAGACUGGCAACCUCAGACUCCAAGCUUGGUGGCCGAUGCGGGAAUGCACAUGCCUGUCGAUUAUUUCGCCAUCGAUAUCGAUACCAUGAGUGAUGUCAGCCCAAUGACCCAGGUUGGGGACCGUGCCAGGCAACACCUCAAUGGUCGACGCAUGGCUAUGCCAAAGACUCGCGGCCGAUUCUUCCAACAGCCCGAGACACAGAUGCCGCCUACCUCGGCUGCCAAUCCAUUUGCCAACAUGAUUGUCCACCAACCCGACAACCAACUGGCCAAUCAUUUCGGUCACAAGAGGAUGGUGAGCUGUGGUAUGGAGGCCGCCAUGGAUUUUGGCGAGGCUUCCUUCCUGCAACGACGAGAGGAUGUCGAGAUGGACUGCUCCUGAAAUCACCAAAAAAAACUUGAUUAAACCAGGAUUUUGACGAUUGUGUUAUUUAUGCUUUGCAUUGCUUCAUGACUUUUUAUUUUCACAACGGCCAGAGAUGCGUCCAGAAAAUGCCUUCGAACGGAAUUGCGGUGACCUGGAAAAAGGCUUUGAAGAUGCAAAAUCGAUGAGCAUGAGAGGGGAGAUGGAGAACGGCCGAGUGAUGGUUGAAUGAACAUCUCAAUCAUCCUAGCCAAUGUUGUAACAUAUUGCGAACUGUGAUCAUUACUUGGAUUGGAAAUGGAAAAUGGAAACACUGUAUAUAAGGAAUUGGGGCUCAAUCGACGUCGAUCGAGCCGUCUCCAGCGGGGUACGAAGGCGCUCAUCGCCUCUACCGCUGGGAGAAAACGGGAUUUUGCAGGAGUCGGCGCACACUGCAACAAGAAGUUUUGCAUGCCUCAUGUUAUGCAUAACCACACGAUGAAAAUCGAAUUUAGCUAGAUAAUCAAGAAUGAAAGAUGAUCUGAACUGAGAAGAGA